AUGAGUAUUCAAGUGCAUUUCAAUGAAGUUGAAUUGUCAGUGCUAUCAAUAUCACGGACCAAGCUAUGGAUUUUCGCAAACUCGAUUCUACACCUACUAUAUGACUCAAUUGAUGAACAUCCAUUCCAAGAAAAUGACGUAGAUGAAGAUGCGAGUGUUGUUGCACACGACUCGAGGCAAGGACGAGGGAAGAGGAAAGAUGGUGCUAAAUCUGGUCAUUCUUCAGAUAAUGAAGAGUCUGAAAUAACUCGAGUUGACAAUUCAAGCAAGAGUUUAUACCUGGACUUUAACUCAUUGCAGCUACAGGAGUCGAGUGCAAAUGCCAACGCCAAUGUCAGUGCAAAUGUCAAUGCCAGUGCAAAUGCCAACGCCAAUGAUACAGAAGACAACAAUUUCAUGCACAUUGCCAUAUCGCCAUGUGAAUGCACCAUAAUCUGCUCCACUUGGCUCAUUGAAAAGUUUUUCAAAGAGCCCUUGGCAAUUUGUCAACGGCUAGAAUACGAUGAUGUACACCUCUUACCUGAUCAUUACUUGAGUUUGAUUGUUGAUUCAGAUGGAGGAUGUGAUAAACUGUUGAGGAUUUUGGAGCUCACCAAGCCAUUGUCAGAGAAUGGCAUCUCGAUUUUCUACAUUUCCUCGCAUUUCAAUGAUAUAGUGUUGAUUCCAUUCGACUCGAAGCAGGCUGUUAUGGACGUGUUGACAACAAAGAAUUUUGAAUUCUCGGAAAUCUCAAACAGCUUCAUCUCCAACCAUCGAGCGCUUGACCCUGGUGUUGUUGAUGAUUUAUCGCAAGUGUCGCCAAUAUACGAGAAAACUUUUGAGAUAUUUGCCGCGGCUGAUAUCCACCCUGAGAUUAACGAAAAGCACGAGUUAUUGUUGACGGGAUCACGGCCUGGAGACGUCAAGAGUACCACGUUGAAAGCUAUAAAGUUAUUGUCCCUUGCAACUACAACGCAGCCAACGUAUUUUGUGCUCACGAGAACGUUUUCCAAUGAAUUGUCGAUAAUCAUCCCUGAAUCUCAAAAGUUUAGACUCAAGUAUGGAUUCGACUCGACGAGCUUGAUUGGUUCUACCCAGGACAUCAUCGUGCCCGUCACCAUGGAUUUCUCCAAUCUUCCUUUGAACUGUACUGGUAUUGUGGCUGGCUUGGCCAAUAUGUUGAUUACCAAAGGUGGCAAUUUGAUUGAGAUUGGCUAUUUGUCCAUGGCCAAGUCUGGUGUCAUCAUGAUCCCCCAGGAGAAUCUAGAGUCCGUCAAGGAUAUCAUGAGAAAUAUAUGA